GCCUCAAAGUACCGUCGCGCUUAUCGGUGUCGAAGCGGCGUUUACUGCCUCGUCGGAGGCGCGCAGUCUCUACUCAAAGCGGGAUCGUGAGCGCGCGGUACAAUGACCGGAGGAGCGGCGGAGUGCCUUCCUUUGGGAGGACGUCCAGUUACAGUCGUCCUCGUGACCGGUUCCAGUGGCUUCCUGGGCCAACACGUCGUGAGGCUCCUGCAGGAGGACCAGUCCAAGGUCAGGGAAAUCCGACUCUUUGACGCCAGGCCCUACAAGAACAAUCUGGGACACCGCACCGACAAGCCAAUGAGGGAGAUCGUAGGCACUAUCUGCGACGCGGAGGCAGUGGCGCAAGCGUUCUCCGGAGUGGAGUGCGUUAUCCACUGCGCGUCCCUUAUAGACGUCAACUUUUUCAAGAACGUCGAAGCUAUGGAAAGGGUCAACGUCCAAGGCACUAGGAACGUGAUCGAGGCGUGCAUCGCACAGAACGUUCCGCACUUGGUGUACACGGGAACCGUGGGAGUGGACGACGGCACCGGCGGUUGGGGAGACUCCGUAGUCGAGCACUGCCACCAGGGACCAUACGCAGACACCAAGCACAGGGCCGAACAACUCGUGCUGGCGGCGAACGCACGUCUCCUGGCAGACGGACACUCCCAACUGCGCACCGUGGUACUCCGGGUGCUGCCCAUCUACGGCGAGCAAGAUCAAAUCACCUGCACGCAAUACAUGCGAAUGUCCAAACUGACCAUGGGGACCGUCGUGAGGAUGGCUGCCCCACGCAUGCAGAUGUCGUACGUGGGCAACGCGGCGGCAGCACACAUCCACGCCAUGCGCCGGCUCGCGCGUGAUGGCGACAUCUCCGGGCAGGUCUUCACGGUCACCGACGACACGCCCACGGACGGUCUCCAGUUCAUGCUGCCCUUCGUCGAGAGCCGCGGCCUUGCAGUGUCCCGCUUCGCUCUACCCUACAGCGUCGCCCUUGUAUUCAGCCUUCUGUUGACUUCAGUGCUGACGCUCUUGCGCCCUCUGUACACAAUCAAGGUGCCGUUCCCGACCCCGUCGGAUAUCCGGUACAUCUUCAAGGCGCCCUUCUUCGACGGAACUCGCGCCAAAACGGUGCUGGGCUUCGAGCCGUGGUUUUCAGUGGAAGAGUCUGUGCGGAUGUCCAUGUCCUACUACCGCGCCAUCCAGCUCUGAGACGCAUGGCGAAUUACCUUAGUUGAUUUGGGGUGGUUGUGUAUGGCUCGUCUGUUUGUAUCCUCCCCCGCGUGCAAUUAUGUGCUCGCAUGUUCCCAAUGUUAGUAGAUCAGCACAGUUGUGGAACUCCCGCGGUAGGGGCUACCCCCUUCUUGGCCUCUAGUCCGCCCCCGUCGUUUGAAGCGCUAUCUAGAGUUUUGAUUCAAAUCUGUGCAUUCCAUAGAGUACGAGGAAGCACCAUCUCGACGCUGUGCUUCAAAAGAA